CUUCCGGUGCUAGCGGCCCGGCCGGGGGGGCAAGAUGGCGGCGGCAGUAAGGGUCCGCGGCCGGUGCGAGCUGCCACCGCGCUCCGGCCCAGGCUGGCUCCUCAGCCUUUCUGCCUUGCUGAGUAUGGCGGCUCGAGGGGCCUUCGCCACCACGCACUGGGUCGUCACGGAGGACGGGAAGAUCCAGCAGCAGGUGGAUUCACCAAUGAACUUGAAGCAUCCCCAUGACUUAGUCAUAUUAAUGAGACAAGAAACAACAGUUAACUACCUCAAAGAAUUGGAGAAGCAAUUAGUUGCUCAAAAAAUUCACAUAGAAGAGAAUGAGGACAGAGACACAGGACUGGAACAAAGACAUAAUAAAGAAGAUCCAGACUGCAUCAAAGCCAAGGUGCCCUUAGGGGACCUGGAUCUGUAUGAUGGCACAUACAUAACUUUGGAGAGCAAAGACAUCAGCCCUGAAGAUUAUAUAGAUACAGAAUCUCCUGUCCCUCCAGACCCUGAGCAACCUGAUUGCACUAAAAUUCUAGAACUUCCAUAUAGUAUACAUGCUUUCCAGCACUUGCGAGGUGUACAAGAGAGAGUUAAUCUUUCUGCACCUCUAUUACCUAAAGAAGAUCCAAUCUUCACAUAUUUAUCUAAACGAUUAGGAAGGAAUAUAGAUGACAUUGGUCACCUCAUUCAUGAAGGCCUACAGAAGAACUCUUCCUCAUGGGUACUGUAUAACAUGGCUUCAUUUUACUGGAGAAUAAAGAAUGAGCCAUAUCAGGUAGUGGAAUGUGCCAUGCGAGCACUUCACUUUUCUUCCAGGCACAAUAAAGACAUUGCCCUGGUCAACUUGGCAAAUGUGCUGCACAGAGCACACUUCUCUGCUGAUGCUGCUGUUGUGGUCCACGCAGCUCUGGACGACAGUGACUUCUUCACCAGCUAUUACACUUUGGGAAAUAUAUAUGCAAUGCUUGGGGAGUAUAACCACUCAGUGCUCUGUUAUGACCACGCUUUGCAGGCCAGACCUGGGUUUGAGCAAGCUCUAAAGAGGAAGCAUGCUGUCCUGUGUCAGCAAAAACUCGAGCAGAAAUUGGAAGCUCAACAUAGAUCCCUCCAGCGAACACUGAAUGAGUUGAAAGAAUAUCAAAAGCAGCAUGACCACUACCUGAGACAGCAGGAGAUCCUGGAAAAACAUAAGCUGAUUCAAGAAGAGCAAAUCUUAAGAAAUAUCAUCCAUGAGACACAGAUGGCAAAAGAGGCACAAUUAGGAAAUCAUCAGAUAUGCCGUCUGGUCAACCAGCAGCAUACUUUACAUUGCCAGUGGGACCAACCUGUGCGCUACCAUCGUGGAGACAUCUUUGAAAAUGUGGAUUAUGUUCAGUUUGGUGAAGAUUCAUCAACCUCCAGUAUGAUGUCUGUGAACUUUGAUGUUCAGACAAAUCAGAGUGACGUCAGUAAUUUGGUCAAGUCUCCUCCUGUAGCCCAUUCUGUUCUCUGGAUCUGGGGCAGGGACUCUGAUGCAUAUAGGGACAAACAGAAUAUUCUGUGGCCUAAAAGAGCAGAUUGUGCAGAAAGCUAUCCUAGAGUCCCUGUUAGCGGAGAAUUGCCAACCUAUUUUCUUCCUCCGGAAAACAAAGGACUCAGGAUCCACGAACUCAACAGUGAUGAUUAUUCUUCAGAAGAAGAGGCCCAAACCCCUGACUGUUCCAUAACUGACUUCAGAAAAAGCCAGACACUGUCCUACUUAGUCAAAGAAUUAGAGGUCCGCAUGGAUCUGAAAGCCAAAAUGCCAGAUGACCAUGCACGAAAAAUUUUGCUUUCCCGUAUUAAUAACUAUACUAUCCCAGAAGAAGAAAUUGGGUCUUUCUUAUUUCAUGCUAUUAACAAGCCAAAUGCUCCUGUCUGGCUGAUACUCAAUGAAGCUGGACUCUACUGGAGAGCAGUAGGAAAUAGCACUUUCGCUAUUGCUUGUCUUCAGAGGGCUUUGAAUUUGGCUCCACUUCAAUACCAAGACAUUCCUCUUGUGAACUUGGCCAACCUUUUGAUUCACUAUGGCCUUCAUCUCGAUGCCGCUAAGCUGCUACUUCAGGCUUUGGCCAUCAACAGCUCAGAGCCCCUGACCUUUUUGAGCCUGGGGAAUGCUUACCUUGCUCUGAAGAAUAUCAGUGGGGCACUUGAGGCCUUUAGACAGGCUUUGAAAUUGACUACCAAAUGCCCAGAGUGUGAAAGCAGCCUGAAGUUGAUUCGCUGUAUGCAGUUUUAUCCUUUUCUGUACAACAUCACCUCUUCCAUUUGCAGUGGUAAUUGUCAUGAGAAAACCCCGGACAACAACCAUGACAAACAGAAAUACUUUGACAACGCCCAGUCACUGGAUGCUGCUGAAGAAGAGCCCUCUGAGACAGGCACAGAGGAGGACCCCGUACUCUCUGUUGAGAAUUCAGGGAGGGACUCAGAUGUGCUUAGACUUGAAAGUACAGUAGUUGAAGAAAGCAAUGGUUCUGAUGAGAUAGAGAAUGCAGAUGAAACCAAAAUGUCGGAAGAGAUCUUGGCUUUGGUGGAUGAAUUUCAACAAGCCUGGCCUCUGGAUGGCUUCGGGGGAGCACUAGAGAUGAAAGGGCGGCGUCUGGACUUGCAGGGGAUACGGGUACUGAAGAAAGGGCCCCAGGAUGGAGUGGCCAAAAGCUCUUGCUAUGGAGACUGCAGAAGUGAAGAUGAUGAAGCAACAGAAUGGAUCACAUUCCAGGUCAAACGUGUGAAGAAACCCAAAGGAGACCAUAAAAAGCCUCCUGGGAAAAAGAUAGAAUCCAAUCAAGCAGAAAAUGCACAUCGCUCCCAAGCAAACCUGGAGAUCACUGGCCCAAAGGUGGCAUCUCCUGGGCCACAAGGAAAAAAGCGUGACUACCAGAGUCUGGGAUGGCCCAGCCCAGAGGAGUGCGUCAAACUCCGCUGGGUAGAGCUGACUGCCAUCGUGAGUACCUGGCUUGCAGUUUCUUCAAAAAACAUUGACAUCACGGAACACAUAGAUUUUGCCACUCCAAUCCAGCAGCCAGCAAUGGAGCCGCUUUGCAACGGCAAUCUCCCCACCAGCAUGCACACCCUGGACCACUUGCACGGGGUUUCCAACCGAGCCAGCCUGCACUACACAGGCGAGAGCCAGCUCACAGAGGUGUUACAAAAUCUCGGCAAAGACCAGUAUCCACAGCAGUCCCUUGAGCAAAUUGGCACCCGAAUUGCCAAAGUUUUGGAAAAGAACCAGACGUCCUGGGUCCUUUCCAGCAUGGCAGCCCUCUACUGGAGAGUGAAAGGCCAAGGGAAGAAGGCGAUCGACUGCCUGCGCCAGGCCCUCCACUACGCUCCACACCAGAUGAAGGACGUACCCCUGAUUAGCCUGGCCAACAUCCUGCACAACGCCAAGCUCUGGAACGACGCCGUCAUCGUGGCCACCAUGGCGGUAGAGAUCGCGCCACACUUUGCUGUGAACCACUUCACCCUGGGCAACGUCUACGUGGCGAUGGAGGAGUUUGAAAAGGCGCUGGUGUGGUACGAAUCAACUCUGAAGCUGCAGCCCGAGUUUGUCCCGGCCAAGAACCGAAUCCAGACCAUCCAGUGCCACUUAAUGCUGAAGAAGGGACGGCGUUCCCCGUAGGGCACCCCUCCUGUCUCUCUCUCUCAUGCUCCUAAGAAAAGAAUAAGAAGAGAAACCAA